AUGGUACCAUAUCCAAGUUUUGUCUUUAGUGAAUCUGAAUCAACUGCCUUAGAACAAUUUGAAGGUGGCCCUUGUGCAGUGAUUGCACCUGUACAGGCAUUCCUUUUGAAGAGGCUUUUUACCAGUGAAAAGUCUACUUGGAGAGACUGUCCAGAAGAGGAGCAGAAGAACCUUCUCUGUCAUACAUUAUGUGAUAUUUUGGAAAUGGCUUGUUCUGAUAAUUCUGAGUCGUACUCUCUGGCAACAUGGAUAAGAGGAAAAACAACUGAAGAAACUGCUAGUAUUUCUGAAAGUCCUGCAGAAUCUAGUCGUCAAGAGGAACAACCUUCUGCCUUGGCUGUCGAAGAGCUUGGCUUUGAGCGAUUUCAUGCAUUAAUUCAUAAACGAGCAUUCAAAAGCUUCCCUGAACUGAAGGAUGCAGUUUGGGAUCAAUAUUCAGUGUGGACAAACAGAUUUGGAGUAUUGCUCUUUCUGUAUUCUGUUAUACUGACAAAGGGUAUUGAAAACAUAAAAAAUGAAAUUGAAGAUGCAACUGAGCCAUUGAUAGAUCCUGUUUACGGUCAUGGAAGCCAAAGUUUGAUUAACCUCCUGUUGACGGGGCAUGCUGUUUCUAAUGUGUGGGAUGGAGACAGAGAAUGUUCAGGAAUGAAACUUCUUGGUAUACAUAAACAAGCAACAGUAGGCUUUUUGACAUUGAUGGAAUCUCUGAGAUACUGUAAGGUUGGGUCUUACUUGAAAUCUCCAAAAUUUCCCAUUUGGGUACUUGGCAGUGAAACACACCUCACAGUCUUUUUUGCCAAG